UCCUCUACCUCAUUAAAAACUCAAUUUUCUGUUAAUUCAAACCUCUCCCAUUAAAGCUCUCCUUCCAUGGCUGAUGAUCAUUCAUUCACUGAGAAGAUCAAAAUGUCAAAUUUCAACCCAUCUCAUUCUCACCUUAUUUAUUCCACUGUUUUCCAGCAAAGGCUUUCAAAGGGGCUUAACCUUCGAGUUCUAAGGCUAUUUUGGAAGAGGAGAACAGCAAGGGGUGGAAGAGAGAAGGUCCGGGUUGGGGUGAGAAAGAGAGAGAUAGAAAUGAAGAACUUGAAGCUGAUGAUGGAGAACAAAAGCAUCAUAGAAGAGAAUGAGAAACUGAGAAAGAAAGCUCUUCAACUUCACCAUGAGAACAGAGCCUUGCUAUCUCAACUCAAGAAGCAUUGAGAAAUAUAUGUAUGCAGAAUAUAUCAAUAAAAAUUAGGAUUAAUUACAUUUUUCACCCUUAUAAUUUGAUGUAAAUUAUACUUUUACUUCAUGCAGUUUCAAAUUGAACAAUUUAGUUCAUAUACUUUAAAUAGCA